AUGCGGACGUCCUCAGUGGCAGUCUUUGCCUCCCUGGCUCUGCUCCCUUCCGUCAUUGCAACAGAUAUCUUGAAAACAAGUGGUGUAGCGGAUUGCAACAAUGGUACAUCUCAGAUCAAAGUCAACAAACUCGACAUUUCGUUCGAUCGAUCGACGAACAUGAUCAACUUCGAUGCUUCGGGAACGAGUGAACAGAAGCAAUACGUAACAGCACACCUCGUGGUGACAGCAUAUGGUAUCCAAGUAUAUGAGAAAGAGUUUGACCCCUGUUCACAAGACACGAGGGUCGAUCAACUUUGUCCUGUGCCUGCAGGAACAUUCUCCGCAAAUGGAAGUCAAGAGAUACCCUCAUCCUAUACCUCGCUCAUUCCCUCAAUCGCAUACUCGCUACCUGAUCUCGACGGAGAUGCUCAGUUGACUCUCAAGAACAAAGGCGGACAGCAAAUUGCAUGCGUCCAAUCUGGUGUCACGAACGGCAAAUCGGUCGAGGUGCCCGCCGUGUCAUAUGUUGCAGCUGCGGUCGCGGCAGCCGCGUUGGGCAUGUCGCUCGUCGGAGCUGCGGCCACGGGCGCUCAUCCUGGCUCCAGCACAUCAAGUCCUGGAUUCUCGGAAGUUGUGUGGUGGUUCCAGGGAAUGGCAAUGAACGGCAUGCACUCGGUACCAUAUCCUGGCAUCUAUCGGAGCUUUGCCAAAAACUUUGCCUUUAGUACUGGUCUCGUCUCCUGGGGCGGGCUCCAAAGGUCGAUCGACAGUUUCCGAUCGCAUACAGGAGGCAAUCUGACCAACGAGAACUACGACGACCUCAAGAACACCACCUUGGUGUUUUCUGAUGGCACGACGGUCCAGCCUACCAGUACCCUCGGUAAACGUGCUAUGUUGUUCUUCCGAGACGUCAGUACCAACGUCAACGGCACCGACGACUCUGGCUCUGCCUCGGGCUCGGACUCGACGUCGCAACUUGUUAAUGGUAUCCAAGGCUAUGUAGAACAGCUCACCAUCCCAGAGACCAACACUUUCAUGACAGUCCUUCUCAUAUUUGCGAUCGUGGUCGCCGCAAUCGUUGUCGGCAUUCUGCUGUUCAAGGUCAUUCUCGAAGCAUGGGCACUCUUUGGCAAGUUCCCGAAAUCACUCACCACUUUCCGCAAGGAGUACUGGCGCGUCAUGGCUCAAACCAUCACAUCUCUCAUUCUGCUGCUAUACGGUGUCUGGACACUGUACUGCAUUUUCCAAUUCACGCACGGCGAUUCAUGGGCUGCCAAGCUUCUGGCUGGUUUGACCUUGGGCGGAUUCACCUCACUUCUCGCCUUUUAUACUUGGAAGAUCUGGAGUGUUGUGCACAAGCUUAAGAAGAUGGAAGGCAAUGCCGACGCCCUCUACGAAAACAAAGAAACCUGGAAGAAGUACAAGCUCUUCUAUGAGAACUACAAGCGUGGCUACUGGUGGCUGUUCAUCCCAUGUAUCGUCUACAUGUUUGCCAAAGGAUGCGUCUUGGCUGCGGGCGAGGGCCACGGCAUGUUCCAAACCAUCGGCCAAUUGACCAUCGAGUCGCUCAUGCUCAUUUUGCUGCUUUGGAGCCGGCCCUAUAACCGCAAAUCGGGCAACUGGAUCAACAUCGUCAUCCAAGUCGUCCGAGUAGCGUCAGUCGUCUGCAUCUUGGUCUUUGUGGAAGAGCUCGGGAUUGCCCAGACGACGAAGACCAUCACUGGAGUGGUAUUGAUCGCAGUCCAAUCUGGAUUGACUGUGAUUCUUGCCCUUUUGAUCUUCAUCAACAGCAUAAUCACCUGCUGCAAGGAGAACCCUCACCGUAAACAACGCAAGGCUGCCGAGAAGCAUAUCCCUCAAGACAUCGAAGGCGACGCGUUCAUGAUGGUACCCACCCCGUAUACCUCAUCACCGUCUCGUGGUACAGGCAAGGUCUCCGAUCCAAAGCAAGGCUACGAGCCGAUGCGGGCCAAUGCAUAUUCUCGCUUUGGACCUUUACGCGAUGACAGCCAAGAGACCCUCGUCAAGGGAGCAGCUGGGAUGGGAUACUCCGGCUAUCGAAGCUUGAGCCGCGGACAGGACGAUGCCGAUGGCAGUCCGCCUCCCCCGUUCUCCCGGGAGCCAAGAUUGCCAGAUCUUUCUUUUGAACCGUUCCGACACAGAUAA